ACAACUUCAGCACCUACGACAACCACAACAACAGCACCUACAACAACUGUAGCUGCCACGACAACUGCAGCUCCUGCAACAGUAUUAGCAUCUACGACAACCACUGCAGCCCUAACAACAACAACUGCUGCUCCUACGACCACUACAGCUCCAGAACCUAUUACGACAACCACUGCAGCCCUAACAACAACAACUGCUGCUCCUACGAGCACUACAGCUCCAGAACCUAUUACGACAACCACUGCAGCUCCUGCUUCAACAACUACAACAACUACAACUUCAGCACCUACGACAACCACAACAACAGCACCUCCAACAACUGUAGCUCCCACGAUAACUGCAGCUCCUACAACAGCUUUAGCAUCUACAACAACCACUGCAGCCCUAACUACAACAACUGCUGCUGCUACGUCCACUGUAACUCCACAACCUACUACGGCAACCAGUGCAGCUCCUACUACAACAACUGCUGUUCUAACGACCACAGUGACUGCAGCACCUGCUACAAUAACUACAACUUCAGCACCUACGACAACCACAACAACAGCACCUACAACAACUGUAGUUGCCACGACAACUGCAGCUCCUGCAACAGCAUUAGCAUCUACGACAACC